UCUCAAACGGUUAGAACUGGAACUAAAAGAAAAGAGAAGAUAGGAGAAGAGACAUUGACACAGUUAUAUUCCAUUAUCUGAAUUUCUUUCAAAGCAUGUCUGCGAGAGCUCGAGGACGCUCGCCAAUCCGCUCACCACAUGAUCUGAGUACCGAGCACGCUACUACCCCAUUGAGACGCACCGUAUCUCCUCGUUCUGAAUCAAGACUACGCAACCCAUCUUCCGAGCGUGGCCUUGGUCGCCGCAAUGGUUACCGUUCUAGGAGCCGAUCUCUCACUGCCUCGCGAUCUAAGAUGCUGUCGCGAAGCCGAAGCCGAAGCUGGAGUCGGAGUCGAAGUCGGGGCUCCCGAUGGUACAGGGACAAAAGCUGCAGUAGGACUCCUAGCCCUGCAAAUAGCCUUCCAAGAAGCUCAAAAAUUGUAGUCGAAAAACUGACGAAAAAUGUAACGGAGUCGCAUCUUCGAGAAAUAUUUGGAAGUUUCGGGGGUAUAGAGAGUCUUGAUCUUCCCAUGAACAAAGCCUUUAUGACAAAUAGAGGUACCGCGUAUAUACUGUACAAUGAUCCUGCGGACGCAGAAGCAGCUAUUGCACACAUGCACGAGUCCCAACUUGAUGGUGCUGUGCUUAAUGUUUCCAUCGUUCUUCCCCGCAGAGCAUUUUCUCGAUCGCCACCACCGCCCCAGGCUGGGAGAGGAAGCUUUGGCCGUCAAAGGAACAGCCGUGGUCAGCCUUUUGACAAUCGUUAUUCUCGCCCCUCUCCGUACCCGCCCAGGUCACCACCCAACUCGAGAAGGUCAAAUCGCACCAGGCCUAUGGAAAGACACGACCUUUAUCGCCCGCGGUCACUAUCUCGAUCUCGAUCGCCACGUCGAUCCCGGUCAGUCUCGUCAGAACCCAGGUCAGUGGCUCCAUCGAGGAGGAGGGGACAGCUACGUUCUGGUAGUCCUCGACGUGGUAGACGCCGUAGUCCUAGUUACAGUAGUUACGACUACAGCAGCCACAGUGACAGGAGUAGAACUCCAAGCAGAAAUAGGGGCCCUAAUCGAUACGGUCCGCCUAGACGAUGAAUGAUGUGCAGCAGCUUGACCCGAUUCCUAUCUUUCUGUCUAUUGGAUUUUCCGUGGUGUGCAGGGAAUUGGGUGACUAAUAAAAUUUACGUUGUAUGUUAAUAAUACAAGGAAUCGCUUUAAGCUCUUGUGCAAAACACUAUGGAUUAUGAUUUACAAAUCAAUGUGGAAUAUAUUCCCAAGAUA